AUUGGAUGAACCAGAUGAUCUCAAGUCUCAAAUUAAGUCUCAAUUGUUUCCUUAGUUGUUUGAUUAGUAUUAUCAACAUUUCUGUUUCUCAACCAUCAUGAGUUUCAUGCAAAAAUUGAAGUUGAAAAACAUUCCCACGUGUAACAAACAGUUCAUUUUCUUAGGCGUUAAAGAAGACAAACGAAUCGAUGGGCGAAGCUCAAAAGAUUUUCGUAAAUUAUCUAUUGAAUUCGGAUUAGACUAUGGAUCAUCUGUUGUCAACCUUGGCGAUACACGUGUUAUGUGUAACAUUGGCUAUCAAAUUGCAGAGCCAAAGGCAACUAAAAGUUGUGAAGGAUUUUUGAACAUUAAGGUUGAUUUAGCUGCUACGAUGGCUCAUUCUCAUGAGAAAUCUGUGGAAAUCAUGAAAAUAGUUGAAAAGAAUAUAAAAGAAUCUAGAUGUCUAGAUCUGGAAUCCUUGUGUCUGAUCUCUGGGGAAAAAGUCUAUUUGUUAGAAGCAGAUUUAAUUGUCAUGAACGAUGAAGGAAAUCUCCCUGAAUGCUGUUCCAUUGCUAUUCUGGCCUCUUUGUCGCACUUCAAAAGACCCGAUGUUUCAGUCAUUGAUGAUAAAAUCAAAGUUCAUUCGUUUACUGACCGUCAUCCGAUUCCAAUCAACAUUCUCCAUUAUCCUUUUUGCACAAGCUUCACGUUUUUCGAGUACUUUAAAUUUGUUUGUGAUCCAACACAAGCGGAAGAACAAGUUUCCGAUGGACAUUUGAUUGUUGGAGCAAAUAAUUACAGAGAAAUAACAACAAUUCACAUUUCAGGCAAAUCGUCGAUCAACAAAGAUAUUGUCAUUAAGUGUUGCCAAUUAGCAAUUGAAAGGAGUAAAUAUUUAACCAAUUUCGUGAAAGAUGCUGUCGAAAGAGAUUUAGCUCAAAGAAAUAGUGGAAUCGGUUUGAGAAAUUUGAUUAACUCCUGAAAACUGAAUUGAUUUGAAAAUAAACAAAAAAUUAUAAUGUCAA